ACGUCACGGCGCCGGGGCAGCAGUCAGCAGUCGCGGAGAGGAGCUCGUUGUUUUGUUGGUGUUGUUGUUGUUGUUGUGGAGUAGACAGCUGUGCUGUGACCGUCUCUCGCCUCCACGUUAACGGUCAUUUUUAAAUUCACGCAUUCGGGUCAAAGCGUCGUUCGUCGGGUUCUCUGCCACCUCCGUCUGCGUCGAGCGAAGGAACGAGCCCCCGGAACCAUGAAAUGGAUGUUCAAAGAGGAUCACUCCGUGGAACAUCGAUGCAUAGAAUCAGCCAAAAUCCGCAACAAGUACCCUGACCGGGUCCCAGUGAUUGUGGAGAAAGUGUCGGGCUCACAGAUCGUGGACAUCGACAAGAGGAAGUACCUGGUCCCCUCCGACAUCACAGUGGCUCAGUUCAUGUGGAUCAUCAGGAAACGCAUCCAGCUGCCCUCUGAGAAGGCCAUCUUCCUGUUUGUGGACAAGACGGUGCCUCAGUCCAGCAUCACGAUGGGGCAGCUGUACGAGAAGGAGAAGGACGAGGACGGCUUUUUAUACGUGGCCUACAGCGGGGAGAACACCUUCGGCCUUUAAGACCAGACGCCGCCAACCCCGAGCCGGCGCCCCGCCCGUCCCCCCUCGUCCAAUCACAGCCCUCACCCGGAGCCCCUGGAGGAGCCGCGGGGAAACCCCAUAGAGAUUGAGAGACAUGGAGGUACCGGAGACACGGGCGGAGCGCUCACCUGAGCGGACGGAGCGCUCCGCCCCGUCGGCUCCGGGCCGAGCUGCACCGCUUCCCAAAGUAUCCAUAGAUUCAGCUGUGUGUAGUGUGUUACAAUUCAGUUAUCAUUAUUAUUAUUAUUAUUAUUAUUGUUUGUUGUGAUUUAAUCGUUUUUUGAAGGAGCUUUAAAUAUUUUUAUUUUUUGACUUUUUAAUUGAAUAAGUGCUUUUUAGUUAUGCUUUCCUCUUUGAAGACAAUAUUUAAAAAGAAUAUUAAAUUUAAGUAUUUGAAAUGAAAUUAGGAUGUCCUAACCAAUAAAAAGCCUAAAAUUCAA